GAUGUUGCUUUUCCUUUACUGUGAAGCGCGAUAUGUACAACAUGUAAGUUUGAAACUACAGUGACGGUCCACAGUCACUAAUAUGUGUGUACAGCCCUGCAUUGAUCGUUGGUAAUUUCCUACCGAUAGCCGAACCUUCGUCGGGCCCCUUGUAACCCCAAGUGGCGAGUAAUGCGUGCCAGAAUCGAGUGGCAUACUGUACCACUAUGUGCGGAUAUGUCGGUUGCACGUAAUAACAGUAAUGAUGUGCAUGUAACACUGGGAUUGGAGUUAUGGCUUGAGACAACAUGGACGGAUUGGGACGGACAUUUGGCACGUCACUGGGUCGCACCUAUCCUUGCGCUUGUAUUUGGUUUACAUGCACUUUUUUUUCUUGGAAAUAUGCUCCCAAAAAAACCCAAUUGUUUGCACUGACUGAUAUCGUCAGUCUAAUAAGAUUGCUCAUACUACCUU